AUGGGGAGCGUCGCUGGGAGAAACUGGUGCAACUUGCCAAAGGAUGAAGACAUUGAUGAAUUUCUUGAAAAAGUAAAUGACGUGACAGAAAAAGUGAACGGGCUGCUGAGUGGUAAAAUAAGCAUAGAGGAAAUAGAAAGAGAACAAAAUAAAUUACAACUAGGAGAAAAAAUAAGACAAAUGAGAGAAGAAGAAAAAAGGGAAUGCGAAAGAAGAGAGUAUUUAAUGGGAGUAAGAGGCAGCGGAGUGAGCAAUAAUAAUUACGAAUUCUUCUGUCUACAUUGUUUAGUUGAGUUUAAGUAUGUUCUGGAGAAAUGUACUAGAUGUGGCAGCACAGUUAUCAGUAAGGAACAGCGAGUGCAGCAGCUACGAGAAAAAGUUGAGGAAUACAAAAAAAAGAAAAAAGAGAGAGAUCUGAGGAGAAGUUUGUGGAAAAAUUAUUUAAAAAAUGGAACAAUGUCUGGGAGGAGUGGAAGUGGCAAGAGUGGAAGUGGCAAGAGUGGAAGUGGCAGGAGCGGAAGUGGCAAGAAAGGAAGUGGCAGGAGUGGAAGUGGCAGGAGCGGAAGUGGCAAGAAAGGAAGUGGCAGGAGUGGAAGUGGCAGGAGCGGAAGUUGCAGGAGCGGAAGUGGCAAAAAGGUGCAGAGGGUGACAAGCUAUGAAAAGUGGAAUUAUUACGAACCCAGCAGCGAUUCCUUCGAUGAAGAUGAAAGAAUGAUCUGUGUGCCAAAAAAUAAUAAAGACUUUCAGGUUCUAGAAAAAAAGAUAGAAAGUGAUAUUAAGAAAAAGAGUGAAAACAGAAAAAUUGCUUAUUCGAUUAAGACCAGAGGAAAUAAAUAUUUCAAAGAAAUGAAGUACCAUCAUGCCAUUGAGUGUUAUGAAGAGGCACUACAAGUGUGCAAAGAUUAUUUAGAAAUUUACAACAACUUAGCUUUGUGUUACAUUAAAACGUAUAGAUAUGAAGAUGCCAUUAACAGUUGCGACAGAGUUAUUCAUUACUAUGAAAUUUUUAAAAAUGAUUUUCAUCAAAUGAAAAACGACACUUUAUUUAAAAGUUAUCUCAGAAAGGGUUUUGCACUUUUUAAGUUAUUCAGAUUUGAAGAAUCUUCUUCCAGUUUCAACUCGGCCCUUUCACUAGAACCAAAUAAUGAGGAAGCCUUAUCCUAUGUUCACAAAUGCCACCAGAUGCAAAACAUGGAGAAGGGAGGUACAAAAAAUGCCGCUAGUGCAAAAUCGCUCCAUGCACAAUUGCUCAGUGAAAAUGUUAAAGAGGAACCACAAGGAACAGAUCUUAGACGGAUACUAGGUGAGCUAGACAAAAUGGACAUAGAAAAAGACGAAAAAAAAUGUUGGGAAUAUCUAAAGAGAGUAAAAAGUCUUGUCAGCAGAAACGAAAAGGAAAAAUUGAUAUUCUGCAACAGUGUAUACACAACCCAGUGUAAUAAGAACAGCUCCGUAGAUGUAACCAAAGGGAACGGAAAAAGAACCACAUUUCUGUCGUUUUGUGCAGAUAAACUUCAAGACAUACUUUUCUAUGUUAAGAAAAAAUUGAGUAAAGAAAACAUCUCAUUAGAGGAUCCUCAAAAAUUAGAUGAUUUGAAACUACCAAAGUACAUGUCCCGUUGUAGCAACAUUCUUACUGAUUUGAUGACAUUGGUUCUAGAGGAGGAUCCAGAAUAUGCAGAUUUUUGCAUGAAUGCAAUAAAACCAGUGAUUACAUUGUACCAAUUAAACCAGAUUAACAAAAUGAAGUGUGUAUAUUUCUUAAAUAGUAUUGGAAAAAAUGUGGAUGGAAGAAAAUCCUUAUGUAAACAUGCUCUCACAGAAAAUCAUUUUCUUUUGAAAAUAUUCUUCAUGCAAAUUAGUCAUCUCAUAGCAGAGGAUAGAAAUCUCUACACUAAAGAGAAAUAUUCUCGUUUCACAUAUUUAACUGACUGUGUGUUAAAGUCGGAAUGUGGUAUCAGAUUUGAAAAGGAAUUGAAAGAUGUCCUAGGACUACAGAUGUCAACCCUGGACAAAGAGCUUUCAACAAACGGUGGGAGGAUAAGUAGGAGGGGGAAUUCAAAUGAGAUAAUAAAAAGAGAGAAGAAUGGGCGUGUUAUGGAAACUACAAGGGAGAGUGAUAAUCAGAAAAAAGGAAUAUCACGCAACUUAGAUCCGUGGAAAAUGCUGCAAAAAAAAACAGCCAAGUUGUAUGAACAUAAAUUUGAACUAGCGAAUUUGUUUGGAAUCAUAUCGCAUCUGACAUUGACAAAACAUGUAUUAGAUGUUGUAGAAAAAAAGUUCAUGAUAUACGUGCUAAAUAUAAUCAUUUAUAUUAACGAAAAACUGUACGACUAUAAUGAAAUGAAUUGCAACUAUUUGUCCCUUCUGGUUAAUCUAGUGGCGAAUGCCCAAAUUAGAUCCAUCUUAAUGAUGAUCAGCUGGAAUCAUCUCUUACAUUUUUUGGAACAUGCCGACAAAGAGUACUUAUUUCAGAACAUGUUAUCUCUCCUCUUUAAUUUAACCACUUCAUGGGGAGAAGAAUACCAUACAGGAAACAGAGCUGUCAAGAAGAGAAAUACAACCGAUGUUGCCACUCCCAACAUAACUGUAAUUACUCAAACCAGCAUCCGCAGAAUCAUCCACUUAACCAGAUCAAAUAUUCCUCGCGUCGCUGAACUUUCUUACUUGUUCCUCAGCCGUGUCUAUAUGUAUGCCUACUGUGACGUGGUGCACUUUGCAAAUUCAAGCCGCGUGGUUAACCAUGGAAUCGGCGUGACUAGCCAAGGAAUCGGAGUGACUAGCCAAGGAAGUGGUAUGACUAGCCAAGAAAGCGACAUGACUAGCCAAGGAAGCGACAUGACUAGCGAAGGAAACCGCGUUACUUGCCAAGGAAGUGGCGACCUCGCCCACUCGCUCAGACGGAAAAUAGAAAAAGAAAACGACAAACUUGUGCAACUAGAUAGACACUCCUUCGAAUUGCUUAAAAGGUCUAUCUUGUACCAUCUGAACAGUGUGCCACGCGAAACGUCCAUAACUAGUGCAUGUAUAAAUCUUGUUUCUAAUUUGUCAAAGUAUACCAACUUCCUGUUGCAGCUCCUAUAUGAGGAGAAGGAUACGGUCGAGACUUGUUUUCACGUUGGAGAUGUCAAGUGUAACUGCACGAGAGAGGAAUUUAAUGCAUUGGAAAGACUAACCAACAGACUAAGUACUAUCUUCUUAAGCAAAGAAAAGAAUAUUGAACAAGAUGAAUCCAUAUCUAUCAUUAUAAGUAAUAUUGCGACAUUUUUCACACAAAUCCUGAAAAAUAUUUCUCUAACGGAAAGUACUAUUAAUGGAAAAACUGAUUUCAUAUUCAAAGAAAUUGAAAGAAUUAUUCCACAUGCAGCUCACCUUGUGAAUACAUCAUCUAACAAAUCUGGGCAUAGCAAAAGCAUCUCCUUUUUUCUCUCUUACUGCUUUCUCAAUAGUCGCUUAAAAUCCACGAUUCUGUGCCUCUACCAUAAUGACGUUCGUUGGCUGUUCGAAUCUCUGCGCGUACACAGUUAG